AUGUCAAAAUCGUUCGGCAUGCCUAUCAUCUUACCAAACGCUACCCAACACGACCUCACAAAUCCCAAAACAAACCUCCACUACCGCAUCCAGAUCUCCUGGCCAUUGGACUGGGACCGCACAAAAACACUCAGAGCCUCCAAAGUCCCGGUAAUCUACAUCCUAGACGGAAAUUCGUUGUUUCUCACCGCAUCCGAAAUCUUGUGGCGGAGUUCGAGCAAUACUUUCUAUCAAGGCGGGGGCAUUAUAGUGGGCAUAGGAUACCAGGACGUCCCUACAGACAGCGGAAGUCUGUAUAGCAGCCAGCGCAAUACCGAUUUGACGCUCAGCGAGCAUGAGGUGUAUGCUGGACUAGGUGGUGCGGACUCAUUCUUGGAUUUUGUCGAACAGCAAGUAAGGCCCUUUGUGCGCAAUCAAUUCCAAGACGUCAGUAUCGGCGAGGAAGCAAUCUUUGGCCACUCGUUUGGUGGGUUGUGUGUUUUGCAUGCGAUGUUCAGUAAGCGAGGAGGCUCGUUUGAUGCAUAUUUUGCGGCCAGUCCUUCCGUAUGGUGGGAUGUGAAGAUUGUUGAAGAGGCAGAGAAUUUCUGCAGUUGCAAAGAUGAGAUGGCUUGCUCCUUGCAACUGUCUUAUGGGUCUCUGGAAGCAAAUCCGAGAAGAGCCACAUCCGAGUCUGACAUCGAAUUCGAGGAGAGGAUACAGCGGAGUGCAGAACGUAAGAUGGGGGAGAACGCUAUUGCUAUGGAGAAGACACUGCGCGAGAGCGGGAGAUUGAGAGACACGUCCAUCAUCAAUUUUGAGGGCGAAGAUCAUUGUACCGUGGCGACUUCCGCAUUGCUCAGGGCAUUGAGUACGUUUCUGGACCACUGA